GGAUGUCUAGGAGCACUAGAUGGAACGUACAUUGACGUGCGAGUCCCUUUGUCGGACAAGGCACGAUAUAGAACUCGUAAGGGUAAUAUCUCUGUCAAUGUACUUGGGAUCUGCGAUAAAAAUAUGAACUUCGUCUUCAUGCUAUGUGGAUGGGAGGGGUCAGCUUCAGAUAGUCGCGUCUUGCGUGAUGCGGUUACUAGGACGCGUGGUCUACGUGUUCCAACCAGAAAUUAUUACUUGGUGGAUGGUGGAUACACAAAUGGUCCUUAUUUUUUAGCACCAUAUAGGGCUGUUAGAUACCACUUACAAGAAUGGGGUAGAGGGUCGCGAAGGCCACAGAACUUUAGAGAAUUGUACAACCUUUGCCAUGCCAAGGCUAGAAAUGUAGUAGAACGAGCGUUCGGUAUUCUGAAGAUGCGGUGGGCAAUUCUUAGGAGUUGCUCAUAUUAUUCCAUUCGAACCCAAAAUCGCAUUAUCAUGGCAUGCGAGCUCAUUCACAAUUUCAUACGUACAUCAAUGGCCACUGAUCCCAUGGAAGUGUUAGUUCCUGAGAUACCAGAUGAUGGAGCCCCCACAGAUACGACUGAGGAUGAUUUGAUAGACCAAGUGGAGGGUAGCGUAGAAUUGACAGAGUUUCGUGACCGAUUGGCAGAGGAUAUUUUACUGAUGGAUUACUCUUGUUCACAAGAGAGUGGCCGAGCAUCCUCCUCCAACUCAUCAAGACGACGUGUUUGGAGCCCGCGUGAGGAGCGUGCCCUGAUAGAUAUUUUGAAGGACAUGGUUUUCGAGGGUUGGAAGGCGAAUAAUGGCUUUAGGCAAGGAUACAAUUUUGAGAUAGAGAAAAGGUUGAAGGCCAAGUUUCAAAAAUGUACCCUUCGAGCUGACCAACACAUCAGCUCAAAAAUACAGGUCUGGAGGAAGAACUAUAUGAGUGUGGCACUCAUAAAAAGAACUUCCGGGUUCGGGUGGAAUGAGGUGACUAAAACUUUUUCGUGCGAGGAUAACGUUUGGUUCCCAUGGCUAAAG